UUGGAAGUGCAGAUCCUGAAGAGCAUGCAAAGCUAGCAUCCAUGCAGAUAGCAAACAAGAUGAAGGGAUGUUUCAUGUAUGCAAACUUUUUUGCUGGCUUACUAGAAAAAGAAAAUUCAGUGCUCAAUUUUGGUACAGAGUUCUUGCAUGGACCAGAGAGUACAUCCCAGAUAAUCUCACGUUGUGCAGUGAAUAUCCAGAUAAUGUUACCAUGAACCAUCCUGGUAGCAUCAAGCAAAUAGUUCAGCCUAUCAUACAUUUCUGUAUGUAUGAAGCUUGCCCAAAAGGUUAUCUUUAAGACGAAGUUCCAGACACAACAGUGCAAGAUAUGCUAUGUGGAAAAGCUAAGGCUCGGAGCAAUUCUGAAGUCUUGGAGUAGGUACACGGUGCAAACCACCUAGUCUACACUUACCUCUAACUCACACUCUUUGUCAAAGAUGUGGUAUCUCAAGAUAAAGACAGGGAAAUUAGUAAAUUUGGUCUGAUGACUUUGACUUAGCCAACCAUCCUCACGGCACUGACUUUGCCAUUUGAUGGCAUUUGGCCAGUCUUGUUACUCUUGUCCAAGCAAAGACCACAACAAAACUUGCAAAACGCUGAACACUAUCUUCAGAGAAGAGUUCUUGAUGGAGCUCUUAUCUGCAAUUCUUGGUGAUCUUGUCAGCAGAUCAAUAACCUUCAUGAUUGACAGGUACUUCAAGCAAACUUCUGUCGAUGAUGAUCUUCGGAGGCUGCAUCAUCUGCUCCUGAGAAUCCGCACCGUCGUCGAGGAAGCUGAACAGCGACAUCUCACGAAUCAUGGAAUGAUCCGUCAGAUCGAGCUGCUAAGGGAGCAGAUGUUCAGAGGCUACUGCAUUCUUGACGUCUUCAGAUUCAGAGACGAGGAGGACAAGGUGAGACCACCAUUUGCUCUGUCCAAAUUCAACCGAGCUAAGCGUAUCCGUCUCUCUGAUAGCAGCAACAGCAGCGACAACAGUCCAAUUCGGGCCAGAAGCAUGGACGAUUUGCAUCAGACUGUCAGUAGCCUCGAGAGAAUCAUGGGUGACACCAAGGAAUCCGUUGUGUUCUUGAUGAGCUAUCCUCCGAUAUAUCGCCAGCCUUACAGCAUGCAUCUGUACCUGGAUAGGUGCAUGUUCAGCCGUCACAUGGAGAGAGAGAACGCCAUCAGCUUCCUGCUGCAGACUGGUCCUCCUGCAGCUGAAAUUGUUCAGGUUUUGCCGGUUUUUGGUCCUGCACUUGUUGGGAAGAGCACAUUUGUUGAACAUAUCUGCAGUGAUCAGAGAGUACGUGAACACUUCCCUCUGAUCUUGUAUUACAGUGGAGAUGAUCUGACAGAUGAAAAGGUUGCAACUUUCAGAGAAAAUUGUCAAACCAUGCAUCGAAAUGAUGCCAUGGAUGGAAGAUUCCUUCUUGUCAUUGAACUCUUAGGAGAUGUUGAUGACAGAACACUCAAGAAAGUAUACUCCUCUUUCAGAAACAGAAAACACAUGACACGUGAGAUGAAGGUAAUAAUCACAAGCCGAUCUGAGAAGAUCGUCAGGCUGGGAACCACACAGGCUCUGAGACUGAAAUUUCUGCCAUUCGAAGCCUACUGGUAUCUCUUCAAGGUUCUCGCGUUUGGAAGCACAGACCCGGAGGAGCACCCAAAGCUGGCAUCCAUGGCGAUGGAGAUCGCAGAGGUGCUAAGAGACUGCUUCCUGUGUGCACACAUUGGAGGAGCUCUACUGAAAGCUAAUUUCAGCGCCCAAUUCUGGAGCAGGAUUCUUGCAUUCGCGAGGGAGUACAGAAACGAAUGCAACUCCCUCGUGUCUUGUGGUUGCCAGGAGAAUGUUAGCGGCACAGGUGAUCAUCCUCAGCUCGGUUGGGCGAUCGUGAAGCCAAAACCUGCAAAAUAUUUCUUACUGCGUGAUAGCUACCAGAAAGCUCCUGCUCAGGAUGAUGGUUCAAAGAUUACGCUGGUGGAUUUGCUGCUUGGACGCGUCAGACGUCGAGGGAAAUUUGAAGUUUUAGUGUGGAAAUCUCGGAUUCCACCUUAUUACAGCUACAUAUCAAACUGUGUGAUGUGAGAUUUGCUCCAUUCCAAAAAAAUAUAUACCUCGAGGUAUCGGUAACUUACGGUAUCAAAUCGUUUCUGAUCGUUGGAUUGCUAG